ACAUACAGGUGCUCGAAGAGUCCUCCAGCCUGUUGGGGACGCUGUGGCGCGGUGAAGUGGCCGUUCUUGCUGUGUAGCUCUCUGUUGUGUCUCCCGCGCUGUGAGGCGGCGGAGGCUGAGGAUGGCGGUGACCGGGGCGCUUCGAACUGAACUAGCGGAGGCUGUAUCUAGCUGUCGGCUGCUGGUGGUCGGGGCCGGAGGAAUCGGCUGCGAGUUACUGAAGAAUCUCCUGCUCACCGGAUUUACCAACCUGGACGUGAUUGAUCUGGAUACAAUUGAUGUCAGUAACCUUAAUCGUCAGUUUCUGUUCCAGAAGAAACAUGUUGGACGAUCAAAGGCGCAGGUGGCCAAGGAGAGCGUCCUGCAGUUCUGUCCCGGGGCCAGUAUCACUGCUUAUCACGACAGCAUCAUGAAUGCUGAAUACGAUGUUGAAUUCUUCAGGAAAUUCACUCUGGUGAUGAACGCCUUGGACAACAGAGCUGCUCGGAAUCAUGUGAACAGGAUGUGUCUGGCAGCAGAUGUCCCCUUAAUUGAGAGCGGAACAGCUGGGUACUUGGGGCAGGUUACAGUCAUCAAGAAGGGGGUCACCGAAUGCUAUGAAUGUCAACCCAAACCCACCCAGAAGACCUUCCCAGGUUGCACCAUCCGGAACACUCCUUCCGAGCCAAUCCAUUGCAUCGUGUGGGCAAAAUACCUUUUCAACCAGUUAUUUGGGGAGGAAGAUGCAGAUCAAGAGGUCUCACCAGACACUGCCGACCCAGAGGCUUCCUGGGAGCCCACAGAAGCUGCACAAAGGGCCAACGCCUCCAAUGAGGAUGGGGAUAUCAAACGAGUAUCUACCAAGCAGUGGGCCAAGUCUACAGGGUAUGAUCCAGUGAAGCUCUUUAACAAGCUUUUUAAGGAUGACAUCCGGUAUCUCCUGACCAUGGAUAAACUGUGGAGGAAGAGGAAGCCCCCAGUUCCCUUGGACUGGUCUAGCUUGCAGAACAGUGAAAAAGAUCCUACAGAAAAAAAGAAUGCUUCCUCAUUGGUCGGCCUGAAGGAUCAGCAGGUUCUGGAUGUUGCUGGCUACACCCAGUUGUUUUCUCAAAGUGUUGAGACUUUAAGAGAUCAGUUAUCUAAAAAGGGAGAUGGUGCUGAACUGGUGUGGGACAAGGAUGAUCCCCCAGCAAUGGACUUUGUGACUGCUGCUGCAAACAUCAGGAUGUACAUCUUUAGUAUGAAUAUGAAGAGUCGGUUCGAUAUUAAAUCCAUGGCCGGGAACAUCAUUCCAGCGAUUGCUACUACAAAUGCAGUGAUAUCUGGGCUCAUCGUGUUGGAGGGGCUGAAGAUUUUAUCUGGGAACCUAGAACAGUGUAGAACGGUGUUUCUCAACAAGCAGCCCAACCCUCGGAAGAAGCUGCUAGUGCCCUGUGUGCUGGACCCACCAAAUCCCAACUGCUACGUGUGUGCCAGCCGCCCUGAAGUCACCGUCAAGUUAAAUGUUCACAAAGUGACUGUGCAAACUUUACAGGACAAGAUAAUAAAAGAGAAGUUUGGCAUGGUGGCUCCAGAUGUCCAGAUUGAAGAUGGUAAAGGCACAAUCCUGAUCUCCUCUGAGGAAGGAGAGACAGAAGCAAACAACAACCGGAAUUUGUCAGAUUUUGGCAUCAGGAAUGGCACUAGGCUCCAGGCGGAUGACUUUCUGCAGGACUACACUCUACUGAUUAAUGUAUUACAGAGUAAAGAUUUGGAGAAGGACGUGGAAUUUGAAGUUGUUGGAGAUGCUCCAGAAAAAGCUCCUCAGAAACCAGUAGAAGGUAGUGCAGAAGGAAGUGGUAAAAGUAUCACCAAUGGUAGCGACGAUGGAGCACAGCCAUCAACGUCCACAGCUCAAGAAAAGGAUGAUGUGUUAAUUGUGGACUCUGAUGAGGAAAGUCCUUCCAGCAGCACCGAUGUCAACAUGGAUACUGUGACACUGAAGAGAAAGCUGCCUGAAGAAGAGGUUGUGAGCAACAAAAGGAAGCGCGUGGAGCCACCAGUGGAGCAGGAUGAUGACAUAAUUGCCUUGGACUGAGGGGGUCCAGAUUGACAAGUGUUUUUUUUUCUUGUCAUGUGAUAUUUUAGGGUGUGUUAAAUGUCUGCAGUUAGAACCCCACAUAACACUGCCAGCUGCCCCCCUCCCUUUCCACAUUUAGGAGAUUGGACACCAUGUUUAUUUUUGGUCAUCCAUAUAUUCUGGGGAUCAGACCCUUCCUAUAGGGUGUGCCCUCUAUGUAUUUAUGUCCUUAUGGUUACAUUUGUUUGUAGAAUGUUACAGGACGGUUCUAGAGCAUCAUGUUUACCACACCCUAUUGCUUAGUUAGUGACUGUUUUCUCUCAAGUGCCACAUCAGACGUCCACUCCAUCCUGCAGGGGGCACUAACAUGCAGCGAUGGCAGCAGUGACGGCAGACAGUGCAUUACUGUACAGCAGCUCUUGGCUGGUGCUGCCUAGUACUGUCAUUUCUAUACCUGUGUGCAUUGUUGCAGAUUAUUUAUAUUUGAUGUUUUGUAAAACUGCAGCUUCCUCCUUGUACCUCUGAAAGGACCAAAUAAAUGCCAUCUUGUA